AUGGUGGGGCGCAUGGCCAUGGUAUUGCGAUUUGUGGAGAACCUGCGGUACAAGUUUGGAAACAAGACGGACACUUACAAGCGAUUGCUGGAGGAGAAUGACAUCGAUGGCGAGAUCCUGUGGGAAAUGACAACAACCAAACUAGAAAAAGUUGGGAUAGCGAGCUUGGGACAUCGGGAGUUCCUGUAUACCAAGAUUCUGGAGUUAAAGAGACUCGCUGGGCCGUUGCGGGGCCCCACAAAGAUGGAGUUCGAGGCAGCCAUGCGUGCCCAGUCCAAACCGUCCGCGAACCCUCCGAAGCGAAUCGAAACACCUCAGCAUCAGCAUGUUGGAUCACAAGGUGCUGCAGCUCAAGAAUUUCGUUGGAAAUCCAUCGACAAGAUUUCCUGGGACCAGGAUGGCGAGCGCAACGUCAACAUCUAUAUAACUCUUGAUGGAGUUGGAACUGUACAAAAAGAUGAUUUGAAGGUACGGAUUGGUGCGCAGUCGUUGGACGUGAAGAUCAGGAGUAAGAGAUUGCACGAUCUUCCAAGAACAUUCCUAUUGAUCAUACAUACGAUGUUUACUCUAGAUCUGAACGGCUCCAAUUAUCUCUACGAGCUCUCGGAUUUGUAUCGAGCCAUUGCAACAGAAGAAUCGUUCUGGCGUGUGAAAAAAGACAUGAUUCAGCUGAAACUUCAGAAGAAAGUAGACGAGUUCUGGCCGAGCCUGAAGUCAAACACUAUGGAAGCAAACAUGCUACAAGGGAUCAAGGACAAGAAAAGGCAAACAGACGACGAGAUCCUGCAAGUGAUGCGGUGCAUGUACGAAGAGGGGGACGACUCAAUCAAGCAAACCAUCGCCAAGGCCUGGGCUUACGCAUCGGAUAAUAUGUCGGGCCGGAAAGAAAUGCCGAUGCAAUUUCCUGGUAUUCCGCAUUUCUGA